GGAUCAAUUCCCUUCCACUCGCACUCAGUCUCAGAUCCAUUCCAUGUCCCCCUCCCAACAGCAUCGCUAAGCUCAAGCAUUUUCUUUUAUCUACUCCGUCCACCAUGGCCGCCACGCCGGAGCAGUUCCUCCUGCGGGAUGGCGCCGACUUCCUCGCCGACGCGGAGCCGCUCUCCCCGUCCCUCUUCCUCGACCUGCCGCCCACGCCCGCGCAGUCGCCGCCGCGCGCCGCCUCCCCGGACGACCACGACCUCGACUUCAUCUCCCGCAUGCUCAUGGAGGAGGACAUCGACGAAAAGUUCUUCUACCAGUACCCGGACCACCCCGCCAUCCUCUCCGCGCAGCACCCCUUCCAGCAGAUCAUCUCCGACUCCGCCACAUCCACCUCCACCUCCACCGACGACUCCCCCAACACCACCGCUGCAAACUCCGCCUUCUCCUCCGACUCCGCAGCCGACAAAUCGACAUCCUCCUCCUCCGACGACUCCGCCACCAACGCCGGCAACUCCACCUCAUCCGACUCUGCUAUGUACGCCCCCGCCAGCCCCGCAUGGCCGUACGACCCAAUCGAGCUCGCCCAGCUUCUCCGCUCCCCGCCAUACAUCGGACUUGACUCCAACGACUUCCCCGCCGACAACCUCCUCUUCCCCAGCAACGCCGCCCCCAAAGCGGGAUUUUUCGAGCACACCCCAGCGCUCCCCGAGGACAAGAUCGACGAUUCCUUUGCCACAGCCUUCUCCAAGAAUGGGGGCGCGGAGAAGAAGCCAAAUCCACUAUUGAACAGUGGAACGGAGAAGCAGUCCAAGCAGAAGCCGGUGGCUUCUCCCGCUGCUGACGCAGGCCAAGACGUGCUGGCCUCGGCCUUCUUCAGCGGUGGCCAGACGGAUAGCGACAUGGAAAUGCUCAACAUGGCGUUCCGCAAGGGCAUGGAGGAGGCCAACAAGUUCUUGCCCACCAACAACGCCCUCCUCCUCGACCUCGACACCAUCUCCGAUAAGCCGGCACCGCGCGGCUUCACCGCCGGCAGCCAAAUGAAGAAGGAGGAGGCCGACACCUUCAUGUUCCGUGGUGGUCGGGGUCGCAAGAACAGGCACGGCAUGGAAGACUUGGAGGCGGAGGCCGGCAGGAACAGCAAGCUCAUGGCCCCGGAGCAGGAGGAAAUGGGCAGUCGCGAGAUGGUCGACGAAAUAAUGCUCCGCGAGUACGAGAUCUGCAUGCAGGGGAUGGAGGACCUGCGCAUCGCCAUGGGCAGCGAGGCCGAGAAGAACAGCAGGAAGGGCACAGGCAAGGGGACUGCGCGGGGUAAGCGGGGCACGACCGAUGAGGUCGUCGACCUCCGCACCAUGCUCAUCCACUGCGCCCAGGCGGUGGCCACGGGCGAUCGCCGGGGUUCAAACGAGCUACUCAGGCAGAUCAAGCAGCACUCCUCGCCAAAAGGGGAUGCCACACAGAGGCUGGCUCAUUGUUUCGCACAGGGGCUAGAAGCGCGCCUUGCAGGCACGGGGAGCCAGAUCUACCAAUCCCUCGUCUCCAAGCGCACCUCGGUCGUGGAGUACCUCAAGGCCUACAAGCUCUACAUGGCAGCCUGCAGCUUCAAGAAGAUAAACACUGUUUUCGUGGGCAAGACCAUCAUGGAUGCCAUGGAGGGGAAGAGCCGCCUGCACAUUGUGGAUUACAAUGUCCAAUACGGAUUCCAGUGGCCAGGCUUCUUCAGGUGGAUUUCAAUUAGGGAAGGUGGGCCACCGGAGGUGAGGAUCACUGGCAUUGAUCUCCCGCAGCCUGGGUUCCGCCCGGCCUUCCAGAUUGAGGAGACUGGCCGCAGACUCAGCAAUGUUGCCCGCGAGUUUGGCGUGCCAUUCAAGUUCCACGGUAUCGUGGCAAAGUUGGAGACGGUCCGUGCGGAGGACCUAAACCUCGACCCAGAUGAGGUGCUUGUUGUUACUAGCCAGUGCGGUUUCAGCAGCUUGAUGGACGAGAGUGCUGACAUGAAUAAGCAGGACAGCCCAAGCCCCAGAGACAUGGUCCUCAGCAACAUUCGGAAGAUGCGGCCUCAUGUGUUCAUCGACUGCAUUGCGAAUGGAACCUAUGGCGCGCCGUUCUUCAUCACACGGUUCCGGGAGGCUCUGUUCUUCUACUCGGCGCUAUUCGACAUGCUGGAUGCGACCAUCCCCCGCGACAAUGAGGACCGGCAGCACAUCGAGCGGGAUAUCAUCGGGCGCUGUGCCUUGAAUGUCAUCGCCUGCGAGGGUGCUGAUCGGGUCGAUCGCCCAGAGACUUACAAACAAUGGCAGGUGCGGAGCCACCGGGCUGGGCUGAGGCAGCUGCCAUUGAACCCAGAGGUUGUUAAGAUUGUGAAGGAUAAGGUUAAGAACUACUACCACAAGGACUUUGUCAUCGAUGUGGAUCACCGGUGGUUGCUGCAGGGGUGGAAGGGGCGCAUACUCUAUGCCAUGUCGGCAUGGGUUGCUGCUGAGGAUGACAACUCCAAAGUUUAGCUGCUUCUCUUCACUUGAUUCCAGGGUGCUGAUAUAGAAGGUAAUACAUUUGAGGCAGGUUCAUGUUUUAUUUGAUGUUAUCAACAGAAAAAUCUAUGCCCCAGCUGCUGUGGUUCAGUCGAGUGGAUUUUCAUUCCAAGGCAGCUUGGAUGAGCUGUCAAACUUGUAUGGUAGAAAUAAGUAGAGACACAGACCAUCAGUGUCUUGUAAUGUUCAGAUGCUUAGAGAUGCGUAGGAUUUAGGUAGGGGGUUUUAGGUAUAGCUAUCGACAUGUUGCUGCA